AUGUUCCGUGAGAAGGGGAUGGGUCUCGACACAAAGAAGCGUCAACUGUCCAUGGACAUGAACCUUUCCAGCCCUUACCUCCUUCCCCCAGGUCUUCAGAACUCACGCGAGUCCCUGAACUCUCUCGCGAAAACUCUCCACAACAACGAGGAUCCCUACCGCCCUGUCGCUCAGUAUGCCAACAGCGACGUUGGCUCGAUCCGAUCCUUCAAGCCCGAUGGCGCGUCAGUCUAUAGCCGCUCGGCGAGCCAGAAACGCGGUUCCAACAUGACAAGUCGUACUGCCAUGACGAACAUCACUCUUCCCCCCAGACAAAAUUCUUUGCCUAAGCCGCCUGGUACUCCCGUCGACCCUUUCGCUACGCCUAAGUCCAGGUCUGGAUCUCCGGCCCCGGAGAUCCUCUCGCCAGCUGUCGCGUCGCCCACCUCACCCGCCAUUAGAAGCCCUCUUAUCGCCGAGCCUAUCAUCCCUCAAAUCGAGACCGUGCCUUACCCCGACGACAGGAACAGAGGGGCUCUUCCUCAGAUUCCCGAUCUGCCGGAACCCGCUCCUGUUGCCUUUAAAGGCCUUCCCGCCAACCCGCGGCCUCCUGCAGCCAACCCUCCUGUCCCCGAAGCCCGGGCGGCGGACACCGCUCCUUCUGUGGCUGAACUCCCUGCCACCGAAAAGGCGGAGCAGGCCCAGGCCCCGGCCCCUCCGGCUAUUGGCCUUGGUCUUGACGAUAUGAGCUUCCCCACUCACUCUCACCGCUUGUCACCCCCUGCUGGUGGUACCCUUCCCUCAAGCCCCCGGCCCCAAAAGGAGGGAGCUCCAUCGACUCUUCCAGCCAUCGUACCCGAGGAGACGUAUGCUUAUAAUGACCCUUACGACCAAAACGACUAUGAGGAUGAGGAACGAGGUCGGUCUCAACGUCGUUCUGUGGAAGUGAACGACUACCGCGAAUCUCGCCAACUCGGCAUCCCGGCUCAAGACAACAAGAGACUUUCAGUCGGCUUCCGCCCGCUUCCACCGGACGAGGUUAUGGAGUCUGAAGACCCCGAAGAGCGCGCCAACAGAAUCAGAUCCUUCUAUAAGGAGUACUUCGAUCCUGACAACCCAGGGGCAGGUGGUCAUCAACCCCCACCUCCGAUGCCUCCCAUGGGUCCUCCCCGAGGCCGAGGCCCUCCUCCGGGUCAACCUCAGUACUAUGAGGACGUCGAUCCGAGCUUUAUGGGUGGUCCGGGAGGCGAUCCCUACUUUGACCCCGAGACGAACUCGUUCGUUAUGCCAUACGCUCAGCCUGUUACUCGUCGUGCGAUGACACCGCCGCCUAGCGGCGCCCGUUUCCGCGGCCCUCCCCCUCCAAGAGUCAUGUACGGCUCAAUGGGUGGUCGUAUGGCCAGCCCCGGUCCCAGAGGAAGAGGACCACCCCCGCCACGCGCGGGAUCGGCCAUGUCUAGCCGUCUUGGGCCUUCUCGACGAGGCUCCGAUAUGUCCAGCCAAUACACCACUAGACCCGGCUCGUCGGUGUCGAACCGAAUGGGACCUCCGAGACAGAAGCCCAAGGGACCUCCACCUGCAGAUCUUACCACCUUGCCUAACCCGUCGAAGCUCAAGGAUGACGCUUUUGCCAUUAUGAACCCCCUCGACUUUGCUCCUCCCGAGAGCUUUGCCAGCCGUGCUCGUGGUCGCUCUCAGAGUCCUGCAGGAGAGCGGCGACCUUACGUGCAACCGAAGGUUGCUCACACGCCGUUGGUCAGCAGCUUCGAGGAGAUGGCUGCUAUGCCUAGCCCGCACAUGUUGCGCAAAUCAGGAACCUUUACGGCUCUUGACUUCGCUCCUCCUCGCAAGUUCAAGGACGCGGACAACAUGAGCGAUGCCGGCAGCAUCCGCAGCAACCGCAGUGGCAUCUCGGCGGUCAACCAAGCCGCUAUCCGAAGCGGUGCCGGCAGAGUCAGCCGACUGCCCGGCGACACGGUCUUCCAGACGGCCGCCCUUCAGGACCAGCUGAAGCCGCAAUGGGGCAUGCGCCAGUAA